AUGCGGAGAGGAUCCGGAAAUCCUAACCAAUACCGUCUGAGCUAUCAAAAAGAGAACACCAGAUUGUUGGACACUGUCUGUCAACGAACUGCGUGUUCUUUUGCACAGGCUUUGCGCUUCAAACAUCAGUCGCACGUCGCGAAAACAGCUUACCGUCGAUGGAACCGCAAUCCCAGGCCUUUACUUCCUGGGAUCGACCGAAACCAUUCACCAAAGUUCAAGCACAACCACAAGCGCCCACGAGCUUCAGUGGCUUGUGAAACUUGUCGAGUCAAGCGAACAAAGUGCACUGCUGAGCGACCUACCUGCGCACGCUGUAAAAGCCGUGGCGUAGAGUGUCAGUAUGCCGUCGAUAGCGAUGACGAAAACCGUAGGAAAUCACUCAAGAAGAGGUUUGAAUGGGCCGAUAGAGAAAGAAAUCAGCUUCGAGAUCUUUUCAACAUCCUGACAACACGUACCGAAUCUGAAGCCGACGAGAUAUAUCGGCGCCUGCGUUCCAGCGGAGAUCCUAUUCGAGUAUUGCACUUCGUUAAACAAGCAUACCUCUUGCUCCCGAAUCCCGGCCCAGUCUCCCAACUUUCUGCCCAUCCACAGGUGGAAAGACUCGAUGCUGAAGCAUAUCGUUUGAGCCCGUGGAAGUUGCGCGCUCGGCCAUGGACAGCAGUAGCUGACGAUGGCCUUGUCUCUGCACUUAUAUCAGCUUUUUUUGCAUGGGAUGGGUAUUAUUUCCUCCCUUUUGUUGAUCAAAAGUGCUUCAUUAGAGACAUGCGCACGGGCGAUAUCAAACGAGCGAAGUUUUGUUCGCCAUUUCUUGUGAACGCGAUUUGCACCAUACAAGUAAGUCCCUUCCUGAUCAACACUCUAUCCGAGGAGUCUGGGCUUGCCGAUGAUCCUCUGGUGAAUGCAGGCAUUUGCUAA